AGGAUAUUUUUGAUUUGUUUUAUUGUAAAUCGAUGAUCAACAUUUUUAAAUAUCAACUCGUGAAUUAUCUGAACGUGAACCAUUAACUGUUGCUGAACGGAAAAAAAUUCAUAAUAGAUCACGUACAUUAAAACAGCGUACAAGAUACUACCAACACGAAUUGAUAUUUAAAAAUGUUGAUCAUCGAUUUACAAUAAAACAAAUCAAAAAUAUCCUUCGACAAAACAACAUCUCAUUUUUUGCUGUUAAUGUAUCAACGUCACGUACAAAUCAAAAGAAUUUAUAUGUUGGUAUUCGUGAAUCAUCAUUAUUGAAACAAUAUGAAGAACAAACACAAAAUUUUUUUAAUUCAAAACAUUAUAAAAAAUUACAACCACGUCACCGUAAUUCUCAUUCAUCAUCUCGUCAUUAUCAUUAA